CAAAUGGCGGCUUUCGCUAUGUUUUGUUCGAUGUUUCUUAAAAAUUAACUGUUCGUACCAUUUAUUGCACAUCAUAGGCGAAGAAGUAAUAUUUGUCGAUUGAUUUUAUACUUGUGAGAGCUUCCGUCGACAUGGUGAAGCUUCAUAAGAAAUUUUUCGCUGGUGAUAAGGUGUUUGCGAAAGUUCGAGGUUAUCCACCGUGGCCAGCCAAAGUUGAAAAAGUUAUUGAUCCUAAUUCAAAAAACUCAAAGUAUAGUGUUUACUUUUACGGUACAGGAGAAACUGCUGUAUGUAAAGUGGAAGAGUUACAUACGUAUAUUGAGAAUAAAGCCAAAUUUGCUAAACCUAUUAGAAGAAAGUUCUUUCAUGAGGGUUUAUUACAAUUAGAGCAAGAACUUAAAAAUGACAGAAGCAAGUCUGGAAUUAGUGCUCUCAAAGAUGGAGCAAAGGAAAGUGGUACAGCAAUGGAUCUACCAACAGUCAGUGCAAUUGAUAGUGAUAUGGAAUCAGGGUCAUUGGUUAUUGAUGAGGAGGAAAAAAAGAAAUCGAUGAAAAGGAAAACUAUGAUGACUGCUACUAACAAUCCUGACACACCUGAGGUAAAAAAGAGACGUGGGAAAGCAAAAUCUUUAUCUGCAUCUACAAGCGACACAAAGCAAGAUACAGCCAUGGAUUCCCAAGGUGAGGAAUCACCUAAAGAAGUUGUGAGUCGUAGUGGGAGAAAGAUUAAACCAAAACGAUUUGCUGAUUUCUCAAGUUCAGAAGAGACAGAUACUGCAGAAAAGAACGAACAUGGAAGAGGUCGUACUAAAGUCAAAAUUGAAGAUUCUAGCGAUCAACAAUCACCUGGUGUAAUGCAUAAGAAAAGGGCUACUUUAGAAAAAAAAAAUAAUGCAGGUGAAGCGCCCAUAUUGGAAGGUACCGUAGUGUCUAGCACCACAUCCUCCGAUGUGCCAGGACGGCUUCUACUGGCAUUAACAUUUGCCGGUGAAUACGUAGGCAUUAAGUUAGACGUAGAUAAGCCAAAGUCCUUUGAAAGUGAAAAAGCCAGAGCGCAGUGGGAGUGGUCUAUUGCUAGAAAUGCUAUGAAAUUGAAAGCACAGCUGGAGAGUGGUGAAAUUUUGCCAGAACAAGUAAAAGAUUGUUUAGAGUUUAAUGUACAUGUCCCGGAUGAAGAGAAGCGGCUAUUGGCGAAAGACGGAGCACUUCAUCGAAAAACGAAUAAGCUGAGGUGGCUGCGCAUAGAAGCACAACUUUUACAGCUGGAUGCUCAAAUUAAAUCGAACCUUGGAUUGGACAGAGCAAAUCCAGACAAAUGUCUACAGGCAAUGGAUGAUAUGUUGUCGCUUCCAAUUGACCCCUUAAUGUUGAAAAAACAUCCACAUAUUGUGGAAACAGUUAAAAGGUUGCGGCGAUACAUUGGUAACUUAACCGACUGGAAACUAACUGAAGACGAAGAGGCUACCUUCAAACAAAAAGCAGAGCAAAUUAGACAAAAGGCAGAGCAUAUAUACAACAAAUUUAAGGCUAUGUUUACCAUACCCGAAGGUCAAUCAUUUUGGCAAUCGUUUUCGGACCAAGUGGUCCAUUUCAAAGAGUUAACGAAGGAUAUGCCUGAAGAAAAAGUAUUUUCUUUAAUGUCAGACCCUGCUUGUCCAGAAACAAAACUUAUAGAUUCAGCCAUAUCAGAGGACUCACCCGCAGACGAGAGUGGUAGUCAACCAGAUACAGACGCACCUGUUGAAGCAAAAUCAGAAGUGCCUACUAGGAGCGAGACUCUGAAAGAUCCAGAGGCCAAGUAAAAUAGUGACCUUUUGUAUCUGAUGAAAUGAAAAAAACAUGCUUAUUUUCUUUUGUACUAAUGUAGUACUAUAUGACUCGAGUGUCUUAAAGCAGGAAAAAAGGAGUUCGCUUUUUCACACUUGGAUAUUACCUUUGGAUAAAUUUUGACACUAUAUUUUAUUUAAUGGCUUUUCUAGUAAAUUUCCUCGUAAUUAUAACACAUCCCUCUUGCAAUAUCUGUAAUUAGGAAGCCGGUGACACUAACGAACAGCUUUCACUUUUUCAUGAAAAUUGGUUAAUCAUAAUGCACUUAGUAUAUAUAAAAUAGAUGUCAUAAUUAUUUCCACUAUUAUAUAACACGUUUUCUUUACGAUGCAAUUCAUUUCGAAUCUUGGGAAAAUAUCAAGAAAGAAAAACUACAAAAAAGGAGAAAACGUAUUUACAAUGACCAUAUAGAUAUCUUCGCUGUUUAAAGUCUCGCGAAGCUUAUUUACUUAAA